CCAGUGCUCUCUUUCAUCUUAAUAAUGUUCCAAACAGUUGAUUUUGGUAAGCCUAAUGUUUGGCUGAUGUCUUUCGGUCUCAUAAUGGCUUCUUUGACUUUCAUUGGCACAACUUUGGUCCUCAUGUUGAUAAACAGCAAUAAAAGUUUCCAAAGGUGAUGGAAAGAUUGGAGGAAAGACUAGGCGCUGAGAGCUCUCUUAUACCUGCAUUAAGGAGGCAAUUAAACAUACCUGAGCAAUUACAAACACCUGUGAAGUCAUGUGUCCCAAACAUUAUGGUGCCCUGAAAUGGGGGGGACUAUGUAUAAACACAGCUGUAAUUUCUACAUGGUGAAACCAAAAUGUAUAAAAAUGGCCUUUAAUAAAAUCUGACAAUGUGCACUUUAACCACAUGUGAUUUUUUUUUUCUAUUUCAAAUAUCAAAUUGUGCAGUACGGAGACAAAUAAAUAAAUGAUGGGUCUUUGUCCCAAACAUUAUGGAGGGCACUGUAUGUGUGUGUGUAUGUGUGUGAGUGUGUGUGUGAAUGUGCGUGUGUAUAUGUGAGUGUGUGUCUGUGAAUGUGAGUGUGCAUAUGUAAGUGUGUGUCUGUGAGUGUGUGCAUGUAUGUAUGUGUGUGUGUGUGUGUGUGUGUGUUUAUGUGAUUGUGAGAGUAGGUGAGUGUGUGUGUAUGUGUAUGUAUAUGCAUGUAUAUAGGUGUAUGCGUGUGCAUUAGUUAACCCUCCAGGUGCUUUCAAAGGCAGUGUUAACAGCACAAAGAUAGCCACAAAAUGCUGAGUAACUGCAGCGGGACAGGCAGCAUCUCUGGAGAGAAGGAAUGGGUGGCGUUUCGGGUCGAGAGAGCUUACAGUGGGAGAGACACUGUGGAGCAGGCUCUGGGUGCAGGGAGCGGGCCGAUGUACACAAACACACACAGACCCGUUGCAGUCUCCGCCCCCUGAAUUCCGAGCAGACACUUCAAAUAUGAACUUUCCUACCGGCUGGCCACACUCUGAGCCGCUCUUUUAGACCGACACGUGUCGCAGGAGGGAGAGAGAGAGCGAAAGAUUUUUGAAAAAAUUCACAAAAAAUCCACCAACUUUACUUUUUUUUAAAACAAAGUACUGAAUCAACUUCAAAUACUUUAAAAGUUGUUUUUUUUUUUUUAAUUUUCAGAUUUAAAAAAACCCAGCUGGGUGGAAAAACUUUAUUCACCCCUUGGUGUAGAUUUUUUAAUCCACUCACGAGGUGGACUUUUAGAAUAAUUUGGUGGAUUUUGGUUUGAAAAGAAGGAAUAAACUUUUUGCUCCAACUUUGAGAAAGUUUGGCGUCCGGGACGAGGGCGCUCUUAACUGGAAAAUCAAUUUCGCGCAGAGAAGUGGCCGGGGGAGUUUGUUUUAUAUAUGUGUGUGAGCUCUCUUUUAUUUGCGCUUCGAAGUGGGAGAACGUUGUUUUCUUGUAUACAUUUUUUUUUGGUGUUCUACUCGCCCCUUCCCCACACGCUCUCCCCUCCCCGUGUCGUGGCUCUGUGUGCGUGUGUGUAUCUGAAUCCCAUCGGCAAGGAUGGUAGACAGAGGACCUCUCUUGACUUCGGCUAUCAUCUUCUAUCUAUCCAUCGGAGCUGCUAUCUUCCAAGUUUUAGAAGAGCCGAACUGGACCGCAGCAGCCGACCAGUACAAGAUGAAAAAAUCUCAGAUCCUUGAGGAACAUCCUUGUCUUACACAAGCAGCCCUGGAGAAGAUCUUAGCGACUGUGGAAGAGGCUGCCGGGCAAGGUGUCACCAUCACUGGGAACAAGACCUUCAACAAUUGGAAUUGGCCCAACGCCGUCAUCUUUGCCGCCACCGUCAUCACCACAAUCGGGUAUGGAAAUAUUUCACCCAAGACGUCUCCGGGCCGUCUCUUCUGCAUCUUCUACGGGCUGUUCGGUGCACCCCUCUGCCUCGCCUGGAUCAGCGCCCUGGGGAAAUUCUUCGGAGGACGGGCCAAGAAGCUCGGCGAAGCCUUAACCAGGAAAGGAUUGAGUCCACGCAAGGCUCAGAUAACGUGCACAGCCAUCUUCAUAGUCUGGGGGGUGUUGGUGCAUCUGGUCGUUCCGCCUUUUGUAUUCAAAGUGACCGAGGGCUGGUCGUACAUUGAAGGACUCUACUACUCGUUCAUUACCAUCUCCACCAUUGGAUUUGGUGACUUUGUGGCCGGUGUCGACCCUAACGCAAACUACCACAUCCUCUACAGGUACUUUGUCGAGCUGUGGAUAUACCUGGGCUUGGCAUGGCUCUCGCUCUUCUUCAACUGGAAGGUCAGCAUGUUUGUGCAAGCCCACAAAGCCAUCAAGAAGAGGCGGAAGAGGAUGAGGGGGUCGUCGGAGAAUGUGGAGAGCCCCGGGGCCCUGAACUCCAAGCUGGCCACCCAGGCCAAGGUGGCAGAGUCGACGGAGGUCAACAUCUUCCGCUUCCUCUCCAAGAAGCAGGAGAGCUACAACGACCUGAUCAAGCAGAUCGGCUCCAAGACGCUGAAGGGCAGCAGCAGCAACAGCAACAGCAGCAGCAGCAACGACCUGCUGAGGGGGGCGGAGGUCCCGGCCAAGGCGGCGGCAGGGGCGGCCAAGGACCUGGAGGGCGGGCUGAGCGCCAGGGAGUUCAGGAGAACUGGCCUGAAGAGGUCUCGCUACGAGCCGCCCAAACUGUCCGGCCUCCAGGUGACGGAGAUCGCCGCCCCCCUGAACAACGAGAAAGACCCCCACAGCCGACCGCAGCGGGAGAACCAGCUGGACAAGGCCGCCCGAGAAGACCGGGCGGCCUGGGACAUGCGCACCCACCCGCCCUUGUUCUUCGAGAACGCCAACAUACGGUUCAUUGACGAGCAGAACCUUCUCAGCGACGAGGAGAAGGCCGACCUCUCUGUGGACCUCUCGGUGGACGAGAACAUGAUGGAGGAGGGAGAGUCGGAUGUGCUCGUGGAAUCUCCGGACGAGAACAAUUCGGAGUACCUCUCCUUCAAGCUCGGAGCUCCACCGGACUACGAACAGUUGAUGAACGGAUACAACAAGGUGCACAACAUCAAGGUGGUGAUAUAGCCAAGGGCUCCUGGAGAUUCGUUCUCCAAACCCUCUCUCCUCCGGGUCCCCAUGGUCCAAUCUGCUAGGUGACCUUGGGGACAGACUGCAAAAGCUGCUAAUGACAGUGAGAGUACUUCUGAGGCACAAGCACAAACUUCAACUUCCUCGAGGGGAGAGAGUUUUUUUAAAUUAACCCCUCUUCUAAUUAUGAGGAUUGGAGAGCAGAAUUUCCAGAACAAACAAAGACUGAGAUGGAACAUCACAAACUAAAAUGUUUCCAAAUGUAAAGAUACUGUGCAAAACUUUUCUUGAUGAAAACUGUGAGUUUUAUUUUUCUUCCAGAUGACCAAUUUUGUUUUAAAGUAAAUAUUUCUGAAGAUUUUUUUUUAAACUUUUAGCCAGGAACUGUAGAUCUUAAAACAAGGACAUUGAUUUUUAGUUCCAUGUUAUUUUUUUGAGGUUUUAUUGAGCUUUCCUGACUUAGCUUUGACAGCAUAAGAAAAAAUUUAAUGAAGAAUUCCCACACACUUGAUAUUUUGUUUUAAACUUGGGAACUUUGGGCUGGGGUUGUGUGCGUUUCGACAACGGAACCCAUUUUACUUUGCUGAUGACUUGUUAUUUUUACCGCCCGCGGAACUAGACCUGAGCUCAAUCUGUGUGUGGCGAUGAAAAGCUGCCUGCCUGUUCCUGAGAUCUUGCAGGUUACAAGCUUACCCUUCUCUUUGUGACCCUGUGUACGUUUAAACGUUUGGACCUAAUGAGAAGUUUGGAUCUUGCUUAGAUUCGGUACUUUCCUUUUUGCCUCCGUUGUGUAGUUUAGGGAUAAUUUGGAGAUGAUUUUGUUUUUAAUGUGUACGAGCGCGGUGCGUUUCUACACGUGGUUUUACGUUCUUGAAAAGAAGCGCCCAAUUCCAAAAGGCAUAAAUGAAACAUACACGUGACGAGGAUGUCAGGUGUAAACCUGAGCGCGCUGUUCCAAAGGCGUAAAUCAGGCUUUGGUGGUGAAUGAACGAGCUAUUCUAAAAAUGCAUGAACUAAAGGUGUGUAAAAGGCAAGGUGCCUGUGGAGACCUGCCCCGGAGGCAAUCUGCAGGAGAGAGGGGGUGGGAAUCACAAACAAGCCAAGUAUCUUCCUCCAUGUGCGAUUCAAAUGAAGCAAUGAAACUCUGACCUUACCCUUGGCUAUAAAUGGAGGAAGCACCCAGUGAUGGAUGAUGAAUGGAUCCCACUGUUCCUCAUCCACCCACAAAUUCCACAACCGUUAUCCCAUGACCGAUGGUGUGGCUGAGCCAGUCUACCUUCGUUAUUCUGCUAGCUCUGCAUCGUUGCACUCUGACAGUGGGACGGAGGUGUCCCGUGCCAACAAAAAUAAUUGUAUAUUUAAAGCACUUAAUUGUUUACAUGUAAUGUCGGGCUGUCUCAUUUAGGAGGUGGGUCUGCAGCUGUGUGGGUUGCCAGUUGAGUAAUUGGACAUGGAUCCAGUUGCAUCUUGUCAGGCACUAACACGUGCCGAAGAAACCAAUGCUCCGAGCGUGUUGUAACUGAUCCCUUUCACCGGUUAAUGUGGUUGUGUGUGUGUGUGUAUAUAUAUGGAUGUGUGUGUGUGUAUAUAAAUUACACACAGACAUGUGUUUGUAUGUGCGUGUGAUAUAUAUAUUACACACACAUACCCCCCCCUAACAAAAACUAUCGAUUACAGAAAGUAGCUGCUGCAAGAAUAUAGUUUGUGUAAUUUUCUGCUUUCAACCUGAACCUUGAGAACAAAAUAAUUGUAUAAUUUUGAGUCAGAGAUAGAUAAAUUCUUAAUUGGUGCGGGUCAGGUCAGCUCCAUCCAAGGCCGCAAGAAAUUGCAGGGAAUUGUGGCCGCAGCUCAGACCAUCACACAAACCAACCUCCCGUCCAUUUAUUCCGCACGCUGCCAGCAGCAUAAUCAAGGACGAGUCGCACCCCGGCCACUCCCUCUUCUCCCCUCUUCCAUCAGGCAAGAGGUACAGAUGCGUGAAAACGCACACCUCCAGAUUCAGGAACAGUUUAUUCCCAGCUGUUAUCAGGCAACUGAAUCAUCCUAACACAACCAGAGAGCAGCGCUGAACUGCCAUCUACCUCUUUGGUGACCCUUGGACUAUCCUUGAUCGGACUUUGCAGGCUUUACCUUGCACUAAAUGGUAUUCCCUUAUCCUGUAUCUAUACACUGUAAAUGGCUCGAUUGCGAUCGUGCAUUCUGCUGACUGGUUAGCACGCAACAAAGCUUUUCACUGUACCUCGGUAUAUGUGACAAUAAACUAAACUGAACUGACCCUUCCUCAGACGUCACCUAUGCAUGUUCUCCAGAGAUGCUGCCUGACCCACUGAGUUACUCCAGCACUUUGUGUUCUGUGCGAGAUUACUUUGUAUUUCCAUCCACUGGAACCUUGCCCCGUAGAUUUUUCCUUAUGGAAAAACAUUCCAUCUUUAACCUCGAUUUGGAGACCAAUACUGUGAAGCAAUGUUGAUUUUUUUUAUUUCAAGUUUCAUUGUGAGAUGAUAGAGUGUGAUUGAGAUGAUAACUUUGAUAAACGUGUUUUAGUUGUCAUUUUUAUUGUUUUCGUACUCUCAGCAAAUGGGGUUCAUAAGAUCAUAAGUGAUAGGUGCAGAAUUAGGCCAUUCGGCCCAUCAAGUCUACUCCACCAUUCAAUCAUAGCUGAUCUAUCUGUGCCUCUCAACCCCAUUCUCCUGCCUUCUCCCCAUAACCUCUGACACCCGUACCAAUCAAGAAUCAUCUCUGACUUAAGGGCUUUAAAAUGAUGAGAGGAAUAGACAGAGUUGACGUGGAUAAACUUUUCCCAUUGAUAGUAGGGAAGAUUCAAACAAGGGGACAUGACUUGAGAAUGAAGGGACAGAAGUUUAGGGGUAACAUGAGGGGGAGCUUCUUUACUCAGAAAGUGGUAUCUGUGUGGAAUGAGCUUCCAGUGGAAGUGGUGGAGGCAGGUUCGAUUUUAUCAUUUAAAAAUAAAUUGGAUAGGUAUAUCGACGGGAAAGGAAUGGAGGGUUAUGGUCUGAGUGCAAGUAGAUAGGACUAGGGGGAAAUAAGUGUUCGGCACGGAGUUGAAGGGCCGAGAUGGCCUAUUUUCCAUGCUGUGAUUGUUAUAUGGUAUAUGGUUAAAAAUAUCCACCGACUUGACCUCAAAGCCAUAUGCAGCCAAGAAUUCCACAGAUUCACCACCCUCUGGCUAAAGAGAUUCCUCCUCAUCUUCUUCCUAAAGGAAAGUCCUUUCAUUCUGAGGCUGUGGCCUCUGGUCCUAGACUCUCCCACUACUGGAAAUAUCCUCUCCACAUCCACUCUGUCCAAAUCGAGCAAAUAUUUUUUUAGAACACACUCCGUACUUGGUUUGAAGUUACUGAGAGCAUUUUGAGAAUGUCUCUGUAAUCCAUCUAUGUAUCAUGAGGUGGGUCUUGAGAAUGUAACUGCUGCUGAGAAAAUUAAAUGUUGGACUAUAAGCUUACCCAUGACCAGAUCUCUGGUCAUCUCUGAGGAGAUAUCUAAUCUCCACAAAUGUACAACCAAAACUUGACAUCUCUCUGACUGCUGGAAGCCAAAUGACAGGGGGCCAGUUACAGAGGAGGGAUCUAAUCAGUUGAAAAUAAGGGGGGCAUGGUGGCGCAGAGUUGCUGCCUCACAGUGCCGGAGACCCGGGUUCAAUCCUGACUACGGGUGUUGUCGGUACAGAGUUUGUACCUUCUCCCUGUGACCUCGUGGGUUUCCUCUGGGUGCUCCGGUUUCAUCCCACACUCCAAAGACGUGCAGUUUGUAAGUUAAUUGGCUUCUGUAAAAAUAGUGUGCAGGGCAGUGCUGGUGUACGGGGGGGGGGGGGAUCGCUGGUCGGCAUGAACCCGUGGGCCGAUGGGUCUGUCUCCAUGCUGUAUCUCCAGAUAAAGUAACGUCUAAAACCUCUGAUGUCCUUGUAAACCGUUGAGAUUGUAUGAGCAGAACACAGUGUGAGCGUCGAGACACAAAAUGCUGGAGUAACUCAGCGGGCCAGGCAGCAUGUGUGGAUGUACGUAGAUGGGCAAUAUUUCAGGCUGGGACCCGAAACGUCACCUGUUCAAUUCCCUCCACAGAUACUGCCUGACUUGCUGAGUUCCUCUACACUUUGUAGUCCAAGCAUGAUUCCACCACUUUUCUGGAUCUAUGCGUCUCCUUCGAGUGUUCAUUGCUGCCUUUAAAAUUUCUGCUGGGUAUUAUCACCUUUGUUUAAAGCGGUAUAGCAUUUUCACCUUUAUUGAAUGAGAUGAAGCGGUGGGUCAGUAAAAAUGUACAAUGAAGAGUAACACAAGUUUAUUAUCUUUCACCCACACACCCAGGAAAUUCCACUGUGCACUACAUCUUCUGAAUGGUUCACUAUUGUGUGCUUUUACAGGAUUAACCCCCGUGGAACGGUUUUUAAGCAAAGCACAGCUGGUAGAGCUGCUUCCUUGCAGUGCCAGAGACCUGGGUUCGAUCCUGACCUCUGGUGCUGCGUGCGUGCGUGUGUGGAGUUUGCACGUUCUCCCUGUGACCAGGUGGCUUUCCACCGGUUCCCUCCUGCAUCGCAAAGACGUGCGUGUUUGUAGGUUAAUUGUCCCUCUGCAAAUUGCUCCCGUAGUGUGUAGGGAGCGGAUGCGAAAGUGGGAUAACGUAGAACUCGUGUGAACGGGUGGCGUGGACUCGAUGGGCCGAAGGGCUGUAUCUCUCAAAUAAGCUAAACUAAAAUCCCUUGCAGAUAAAGAGUCGGCAAAAGUUUUCUGUGUGUCUACAUCACUCCAUUAUUCCUUGAAUCAAGUAAAUGGUGUCCUCCAGAUGCCCAAUGUUGUAUUUAUUCCUGGAAUGUCUUGUAUUAAAUGCUGUCUUGUAUGGUCUCUGUAAAUUGUGGACCUAAUUUAUUUCAAUGUUCAUUUGAGAAUGUAAAUAAAACAGUUUAUAUAUAUAUCUAUAUAUAUAUAAAUAUACUCACAGUGUCUUGAUGUUUUUAUUUUUAAUGCCUUCAAGGUUUUCUGAGCUCUAAGCAGCUUUAAAUAAUCCGGUCUUUGUGCCUCACAUUACCAGCAUUGAUAUCAAAGCGCAAAGUGCUGGAGGAACUCAGAGGGUUCUAGGUGGUGCAGCGGUAGAGUUGCUGCCUCACAGUCACAGUGCCAGAGACCCAGGUUCAAUCCUGACUACGGGUGCUGUCUGUACAGAGUUUUAUAUUCUCCCCGUGACCACAUGGGUUUUCUCCGGGUGCUCAGGUUUCCUUCCACACUAAAGACGUGCUGGUUUGUAGGUUAAUUGGCUUCGGUAAAAUUGUUAUUUAUCCCUAGUGUGUGUGUAGUAUAGUCCCAGUGUACAGGGUGAUUGCCAGACUUAGUGGGCCGAAGGGUCGGUUUCAGUGCUGUAUCUCGAAAGAUUUUGCAGCCUCUUGUGUCUUGUGCCUUCACGUGCUUCCUUUCUCUUUUCUACCUGAACCACCUCCACAUUACAUGUUUUUACACAAUGCUACAAAGUACGGUCACCCCUUUUUGUCAUUUCCUUUUUCCUGAGACCACUCCUCUUCUCCCCUCUCCCAUCGGGCAAAAGGUACAGAAGUGUGAAAACGCACACACCUCCAGAUUUAGGGACAGUUUCUUCCCAGCUGUUAUCAGGCAACUGAAUCAUCCUACGACAACUAGAGAGCAGUGCUGAACUACUAUCUACCUCAUUGGUGACCCUCGGACCAUCCUUGAUUGGACUUUGCUGGCUUUACCUUGCACAAAACGUUGUUCCCUUAUCAUGUAUCUAUAUACUGUAAAUUGCUCUAUUUUAAUCGUGUAUUAUCUUUCUGUUGACUGGUUAGCACGCAACAAGCUUUUCACUGUACCUCGAUACACAUGAUAAUAAACCACACUGAACUGCUUUCACCUUAUCGCAGACUUUUCCUUCUUCUCCCCUCACUUUACCCUCCACCAUUGAAGAGCCGUACAGAGCACUCUGUCGGGUGGCAUCACAGCUUGGUUUGGAAAUAGCUCGACCCAACACCACAAGACAUUGCGGAGGGUUGUAGAUGUAGCCCAGUCCGUCACACAGACCAGACUCCCCACCAUCCACUCCAUCUACACUUCACGCUGCCUCGGGAAAGCAGCCAACACAAUCAAAGGCUUGUCCACGACCCACCCCGGUCAUUCCUUCUUCUCCCCGCUCCCGUCCGGACGAAGGUUCAGAAGCUUGAAAGCGCGCACCACCAGACUCAGGAACAGCUUCUUCCCCUCUGUUAUCAGGCUUCUGAACUAUAAGCUAGUGCACUGUCCCAUUCACCUUUACCCCAUUGAAGGCAAGCAUACCAAGCAUCCUUUACUAGCAAUGUUACAAAAUUUUGAGAUUUUAAAAUCAAGCCUGCAAUUUAUACCAUCAGAUAAAGCAUAAAAAGAAGUUAAUUUGACACGUAAUUCACUUUCAUAUCUUCAGUAUUAAAAAAGUUAUGGCCAUUUUCAUACUCGGAAAUUAGAAUCCUGUUCCCUAUUGCUUUUCCAUUGACUUAACACACAAGCUGUGAUCAAGGACUUUCAAAAGCCCAUAACUUUCUUAAAAAUUAAGAGAACUGAAUUAAAUUUUCAGUUAUUAUAGAUUGUAGCAUUUUGAAACAAAUAUGAAACAAUCUUACUUGGA